AUGAUAGGUUUGUUCUUGAGUUUUCCACAUUUGUUCAACCAUGAAACAUACGACAAGAAGAAACCUAUUGACAUCGCUAUUGAGUACAAUGGUCCCGACGUUAUCAAACAUUUUUUUGACCUUGGACACAUCCGAUAUGUUGAAAAUACGAAAGAUAUAGUUACUCUAGAUGAAGUCUCUACUUAUAGCCCUGAAUAUGAAGUAUUAUCCUUUCUGAAACUACAAUAUGAAGAAGUAAUCAAUGGUGAUCAUAGUUUACUUUCUUGUGCUUGCCGCCAAUUACAUGGCCAUAAAAUGAUUUCUCAUCUGAUCAAUCCAAAUAGUAUCAUGUAUAGAGACAAGAAGACUGGUUUGAGUCCAUUGAUGGUUGCUGUUCAACAUCGCCAACUUCAAUGCAUCAAAGAGCUUCUUAACAAUAAAUAUUUUACACAAGAAGCAUUUGAAUUAGUUAGUAAUAUCUCGUUUCGCACAGUAUUACAUAUUUGUACAAAAGUUCACAACAAAGAAAUCACCAAAUCACUAAUUGAUUCUCGUUUCAUGUCCACUACAUUAGCAGUUGCCACCGAUGUAGUGGGUGAUACACCUCUACAUACAUGUGCUCAGGUUGGCAAUGUGUACAUGACACAGUUAUUGCUAGACUAUAUAACCAAUCACAAUUCGCCAGUGACGACUUGUUCUGAUUCACGAAACCUUUUAACAAUGAUCAAACGUGAUACUGAUAGACGAAUGCCACCAGAAGCAUCAACUGUCAGGUGUAUUAACGCUACUUCUCGUUAUGGAUCAACAAGUAGACAAGCUCACGCAAUAUUGACAAAAAAGAAUAAAUCCAAACUAACACCUCUACACGUGGCUAUUCAAGCGGGAAAUUUCGAUAUCAUAAAUGAAAUGCUCAAAUAUGCUGAUUCUUCGGUGGUUAAUGUGUUUGAUGACCAACAACGCACAAGUUUGCAUAUGGCUGCUGCAAAAGGUCAUGUUGGUAUUAUUAAUGCACUCCUCGACCAUUGGGCUGAUUCACAUGUUUGUGAUAUGAACGAAUGGACACCAUUGCACCAUGCAGCACGAUGUAGUAGGAAUGCGAACGACGAAGAACGACCUCAAUGUAUUGAAAAUCUUAUUAAACGUGGUUUGAUCAAUAUCAAUGCGUUGACUAUUCGACGAGAAACACCAUUGCAUAUUGCAUGCGAAUAUGGUUCGAGUAAACUUGCCAAACAGUUGAUAGAAUUCGACUGUGAUCUAUUAGCAAGGAAUGUAGACGGUCACAAUUGUCUUGAAGUAGCGAUCGAAGCAAACAAUGAAGAAGUUGUUCGAUAUUUGAUUGAAAACGACAACUGUUUCGAUUUAAUGCGCAAUUCACAAAUUCGUAAAAAUAAACGCCACUGGUAUUCUUUGCUUGCUCGCCAUUGUAAAGUAGACACGCCGAUGAGAAAACUCAUUCGUAAAAUGCCCAACAUGGCUUUGCUCGUGCUUGACAAAUGUUCAAUGAGAGUGGGCAUCAAAGGAACAAAUGUAAGCAAGAACAUUUUUGUGUAUGAAUUUCUGGAAGAUCAGUUUACGGUGAACAAGUGGAAGGGAGAAGAUGUAACACAAAGCGAAGUGUACACUUCCAAUACGGUUGAUUUGGUAAUGAAUCAUCCACUAUUUCUCAUGGAGCAGUAUGAAACUCAUGAUCUAAUGUCACAUCCCCUUAGUAAUUAUCUCGUGAACUUAAAGUUUAAAACAUUCGGUAUUUUUCUCUAUGUCCUGAUUCUCUUGCUAUAUAUGAUUUAUCUCGCAUUGUUUACUACGAUCGUACUACGCAACAACCAUCCAGGAGCCUAUUAUAAUCUUACAAAUAUUGAUUUCGAAGAUUCAUUGUGUUACAAUGUUUCGCAAGCACUUCUGACAGCAUCACCAAGUCUUGGCGGUUUGGCUGUUGGUGAAAUUCCACCGUUGAUGAAACAAGCGUCAGAUAAUCGCACCAGAUUAUUUUUUGAACUUGUUGUCGUAUGUGAGAUUUUUCGUUACCGAAUUAUUUGGAUUCUUCGGCGCGGUAAUGUAAAUGAUGCUAUCGCAUAUAGUUAUCAAAAUUUAGACAAAAAGAAGUGGUACGAACGAUUUGAACAAUGGCUGACGAAUCGAUGCUCUGUUUCAGCUCAUGAUGAUAAUGAUGAUGAUCUAGCAGUGAACACUGAUAAACUAUUAGAAUAUUAG